AUGAAGGUGAUCGCAGCCUAUUUGUUGGCCCAAUUGGGUGGCAACUCUAGCCCAUCAGCUAAUGAUUUGAAGAAGAUUUUGAAUUCUGUUGGAGCUGAAAUUGAUGAUGUGAAAAUUGAACUAUUAUUGUCACAAGUGGAAGGCAAAGACAUUAAUGAGUUAAUUGCUGCUGGCAAACAAAAAUUGGCUUCUACUACUACUUCUAUGUCCUUUGGAUGUAUUGGUGGUACAAAUAAUGCUAGUGUUGAUGGACAAGUUGUUGUUAAAGAGAAAAAAGAGGAAAAGAAAGUUGACAAGGAGGAAGAAUUUGAUGAAGAAGAUUUCAAUUUUAGUCUCUUUGAUUAG